UUUUCAGUUUCUCUGCUCAUCAUCAACGAUGUCUCAAGAAUAUUUUAUAAAUCUAAUACAACUGGACAACCGUAAUGAAGUCCAGAUUUUCGAUACGAAUGGAUUCACAUUGAUAAAUUCGGUAAACUUUGGAAAUUCCCGUCUACUCAAGGCCAUUUGGGUGAAAGGUAUCGAAUCUCAAGACGAGCUCAUCGGCUUGAUCACCACAUCAAACACAUUUGAAUUGCUCCAUAUCUCCCCAAUAAUAGGCAUAACCGAAAGAGCAACCAUAGAACAGACAAACGUGACAGACAUAUGUUAUUUCCAGGACUCUCUAUAUGCCUGUUUUGAUGGUGGAAUCAUCAAUUUAACCUCCCAGAAGAUAUCCAAGCUCAACAAGCCAAUAAAGCAGAUUGUGGCGGGAGACAAAAUCUACGCUAGCGAUGGCAGUAAGGUCUACGAGUUCAACCGCGGGAAAUUGAAGCAAAUCAAAGAGUUCGACGAUGUGAAGUCCAUGAAAUACGUGGAUGGUUUAGUCGUCUUUACUAGCGAAGGAGCGGUGAUCAAUGACCAAUUAGCAAAGGCUGUCACGAACAUCGCCAGUGUCAACGACCAGGUGUUCUUGUUCCGUGGAAAUACUGUAAUUGUGAACGAGAUUGAAAUCAAAACUGCAAAGAACCAUUUUGUGGACGUUAUUCAUGGAGAAGAUGGCUAUAGGUUCAUCUAUAAAACAGGAAGCUCAGUCAAUUCCAAGAACCUAGAGUUGAGAUCCCAAACUGUUGACUUCUCUUCUUCCAAUGGAACCCACCGAAUUUCAUCGAGUGAACUAGACAUCGAUUUGGAUGCCUUAAUGCCCCAAAUUCACAACCUUUCAUCAGAGGUGCUCAUAAAGAAAAUCAACAAGCUUACAGACACACAAUCUCGGGCCCAGCUCUUGGAGUUGAUCGAAACAAACGAUGAUGAGGCCAAUAUAAAGACUACCAUUAGCAAAUUAUCCAAAGACACCCAGCUAGUCCUCAUGACCGCCAUUAUUUCCCGGAUUUCCAAGAACCCCAUCGAGUCGAUAAGCUUAUCUCUUUGGUUCAAACACCUUGUCCUUGUCGACAGCAGUGUUCUCGGACAAAUCAGCCAUACCAAGUUGGCGACUGCAUCCAAGAGACUCGCGGGAUCUUUACAGUUAUUGCCGGAGUUGCUCUCUAUCAAAGGUAAACUCAAUCUCAUGAGCACGCAGCAGGAGUUCAAAGCGAUGAGAUUUGAGCCCGAAGCAUUUGAAAACCACCAAGAAGAUGAGAGUUUGGUGAUUGUCAACGGGGAAAACGAUGACGAUGACUCGGUUGUGGAGGCUCUUCCCGCGGGAGACGACGACAAUGACGACGACGACGAGUUUUAGUAUAUACCAGUUAUAACGCUAUGUACUCACAAUAAGCAUAUUUCGUGAAAUGCCGCGAUGA